UUUUCACUUACCUCACACAUUGCUGCAGCACGACGCACCCAUUCCUUCAUUCUUAUCUGCUCAUUACAGCUCAUUAAUUCACAUUUUCACGCUUCAUACUUCGCCCACUCCUUUGCUCCGCUGUCUCCCACACUUCCCUCCCCCUCCUCGUAACCAUCACCACUACCACCAUCACUACCAUCAUCAUUACUACUACAGACUCUCUGCCCUCCACCAUGUCCUACUACCCACCCGACCAAAAGACCUACCAACCAGCCUACCCUCCUCCCAUCCAAGAGGGCCAGGCCUACAAUCCGAACAUGUACUACGCCCCUCCGCCACCGGCUCCCAUGGGCGGCAACCAGACCUCGGGUGCGGUACCAAAUUCAGGCGGACAGUACCCUGGAGCGAUGUCGGGCGCAGGCGCGGGAUACAUGGACCCGACAGCGCCGAGGCCGAACGAUAUCUUGCCGCUCCAUCCCGCGAUCAUUCAACAGAGACAGAUUGCGGCAUCGUUGCCUCCUUGUCCGAAGGGAGGGUAUCAUGAGCUGAGGAAGAGAUAUGCAUUGGGCGCGAAUGCCGGGACGGUGCUGUCGGUGAUCUGUUUCCCGGUGGUUUGUUGCUGUGUCCGGAACGAGACGACCUGUAUCAAGUGUGGCGAAAAGUUCAACAUUGACCUGCCGUCCAUUCAAUAGGAUUUUGAUUCGAAGCACAAAAAAAAAAAAAGCAGGACAAGGAGGGGGGUGCUCUCUCUCUUUUUUUUAAAGAAUUCCUCAGAGCUUGGGAUCAUGGAAUGGAUCGAAACAAAAGUCUUCGGAGGAGGGGAGAAGUGAGACUCUUCUUGAGGGGU